AUGCAAGCGGUUGUCUUCAAGGGUCCGUUGCAGGUCGCUCUGGAACAGCGACCUCGACCACAGAUUCAAGAUCCAACGGAUGCAAUCUUGAAAGUGCGAUACACUGCACUAUGUGGAAGUGAACUACACGUCUUUCGAGGGCACCAAUCCUCGGGAACGGGGUUUAUUAUGGGCCAUGAGUUUACCGGUGAGGUGGUCGAGGUCGGAGCCAACGUUCGCUCUUUCAAGCAAGGCGACCGUGUGGUCUCUCCCUUUACCGUCAGUUGCGGCGAGUGCUUCUACUGUUCCAGUGGAUUCUCUUCCCGUUGUGCGCGGGGACAAUUGUAUGGAAGUGCGGUGCUGGAUGGCGGACAGGCCGAGUAUGUCCGAGUCCCGUUGGCGGAAUCAACCUUGUUCCACGCGCCCGCUGCGAUCGAUGAGAAGAAGCUCGUCCUGAUGGCAGACAUCUUUCCGACCGGCUUUUUUGCUGCGAGCAAUGCAUUCCGGGGACUUGAACCCCAGGUAAUCCAGAAUAGCACCGUGUUGUUGUUUGGAUGUGGGCCUGUGGGAAUCUGUGCCCUGGUCAGCGCUUUGGAGCAUCGCCCCAAACAUUUGAUUGCGAUUGAUAGCGUUCCGUCACGGCUACAGCUUGCGCAGAGUCUUGGAGCCGAGUCAUGGAACUUCCAGGAGAACGAAGCUGGUCUCCGCGAAAGAGUCAAGGAACUGACCGAUGGUCGGGGCGCGGAUGUUGUCAUUGAAGUCGUGGGCCAUAGUAGCGCGCUACGGAUGGGAUUCGAGAUGCUUCGUCCCUGGGGAGUACUUUCCAGCGUCGGUGUGCACAAUGGCGAGAUUCCAUGGACUGGCAACGAGGCCUAUGGGAAGAACCUGCGUCUGCAGAUGGGACGAUGCCCCGUUCGCAGUAUUUUCGGGGACGCAAUGGAACUGUUGGCUAAGAAGCAGGAUGUGCUGAAUUUCAUGUCCGAGGACAUUCGCCCGCUGUCUCAAGCUGUGCAAGCAUAUGAUGAUUUCAACCAGAUGAAAUCACAGAAAGUGAUUUUCGAGGCCGAUAAGUAG